AUGGAAGAGGACAAUGUCUGUUUUGUCAUGAGCAUCUGGCUCAAGUGGAAUGAAAAUUGGCUCGUACCAGAUUAUGCCUUCACUUAUGAACAAGGCAAGUCAAAAAGACCAUUUGCGAGGUUAUGGUGGGAUGAGACAGUGCCCACUGUACUGACGUUCCCAACUUGUCACAGCCAGGCAAUAUUACAUCCAGAGCAAGACCGAAUCCUCACUUUACGAGAAUGUGCAAGAUUGCAAGGGUUUCCUGAUUAUUAUAGAUUCUGUGGGACGGUUAAGGAGAGUGCCCAUAUUCUAUCCAAUGAGCUCGAUAUUGUCAAGUUGGAAAUGCAGUUGCAGUCCCCGUUGCACGAGCUUUGGGAUAUGCUUUGGGAUUGGCAGUUCGAAAGCUCAGCGGGGAUGAACCACUCAUGA